AUGAAGGGACCUCCGCAGAGCAAGGGAAGGGACCUCCGCAGAGCAAGGGAAGGGACCUCCGCAGAGCAAGGGAAGGGACCUCCGCAGAACAAGGGAAGGGACCUCCGCAGAGCAAGGGAAGGGACCUCCGCAGAGCAAGGGAAGGGACCUCCGCAGAACAAGGGAAGGGACCUCCGCAGAACAAGGGAAGGGACCUCCGCAGAACAAGGGAAGGGACCUCCGCAGAACAAGGGAAGGGACCUCCGCAGAGCAAGGGGGAAGGGACCUCCGCAGAGCAAGGGAAGGGACCUCCGCAGAACAAGGAAGGGACCUCCGCAGAACAAGGGAAGGGACCUCCGCAGAACAAGGGAAGGGACCUCCGCAGAACAAGGGAAGGGACCUCCGCAGAACAAGGGAAGGGACCUCCGCAGAGCAAGGGAAGGGACCUCCGCAGAGCAAGGGAAGGGACCUCCGCAGAGCAAGGGAAGGGACCUCCACAGAGCAAGGGAAGGGACCUCCGCAGAACAAGGGAAGGGACCUCCGCAGAGCAAGGGAAGGGACCUCCACAGAGCAAGGGAAGGGACCUCCGCAGAACAAGGGAAGGGACCUCCGCAGAACAAGGGAAGGGACCUCCGCAGAACAAGGGAAGGGACCUCCGCAGAACAAGGGAAGGGACCUCCGCAGAGCAAGGGAAGGGACCUCCGCAGAGCAAGGGAAGGGACCUCCGCAGAGCAAGGGAAGGGACCUCCGCAGAACAAGGGAAGGGACCUCCGCAGAACAAGGGAAGGGACCUCCGCAGAACAAGGGAAGGGACCUCCGCAGAACAAGGGAAGGGACCUCCGCAGAACAAGGGAAGGGACCUCCGCAGAAUAUUUGUCCCAUAAUUGUCACUAUGGAGUAUAA